AUGUUGCCUGGCACUGCACCAAAUUAUGAAACGGUCAUCAAACUUAACACCAGUAAAGCUAUUAUAGCAGGAUCUGGUUUCGACACAUGGACUUUUAGAUAUGGAUUUGACAUUUCAUUACCAUUAUACAGUCAAAUUGCUACAGGAAUUGAUAAUACGCAACCAAAACAGAAGAGCUACCUUAUUAUAUCAACACAACAAAAUAUUCCAGAUGAUUAUCUAGCAGAAUUACAGAACAUUGCAUCUUCAUCGAAUGAUUUAUUAUUACUUGGUAGAUGUAAGACAGAAUCCAAUAGGAUGGAUAAUACCAAACGCUGUGAAUACACAACAGGGAGAGUGUUCAAUUAUCCAGAUAUAUUAAAAGAGGGUUUGUUCUGUUUGGUUGUUCGUAGUGCAAGACUGACUCAGUCCAUUUUAAUGGACAUUUUGGCAUCACAAUGUAUUCCUAUUAUUGUAGCGGAUACUAUAGUCUUGCCUUUUAAUUCUCAUGUGGAUUGGCAUCGUAUUUCAUUAUAUAUACCAGAAGAAAAUAUUAAAAAUUUGUUAAGGAUAGUUCAUUCUGUUAGUAAAGAGAGGCGGGGAGAACUAUUUUGGCAGCUGAGAUGGGUUUAUGAGAGGUAUUUUGCCAGCAUUAAGAAGAUUACAUUAACAACAUUGGAGAUUAUUAAUGAGAAGGUUUUUCCUUUAGCAGCUAGAAUGUAUGAGGAGUGGAAUAUGCCUGAACAUUUGUAUGGUCCUGUGAAUCCAUUAUUUCUUCCUGUAACUGCACCGAAAUCCCCAGGCUUCACAGCAGUCAUAUUGACUUAUGACAGAGUGGAAAGCUUGUUUAUAUUAAUUAGGAAGCUGGUGAAAACUCCCAGUCUUGCCAAGAUCCUUGUUGUGUGGAAUAACCAGAAGAAAGAUCCGCCGCCAUCUUCGGAAUGGCCCGUUGUCAACAAGCCGUUGAAAGUGAUACGAACGAAAGAGAACAAACUCUCAAACAGAUUUUUUCCGUACGACGAGAUAGAGACGGAGUGCCAACUGACGAUUGACGACGAUAUUGUGAUGUUGACGCCCGAUGAGUUGGAAUUUGGUUUCGACGUAUGGCGAGAAUUUCCCGAUCGGAUCGUGGGCUUUCCGUCUCGCUUGCACGUCUGGGACAAUGUUACCGCGUCCUGGAAGUACCACAGCGAGUGGACCAACCAAAUCUCUAUGGUGCUAACUGGUGCGGCGUUCCAUCACAAGAUCUGGUCGUGGUACUAUACGUACAAGAUGCCGGCCGAGAUUCGAAGCUGGGUCGAUGAGCAUUUCAACUGCGAGGACAUCGCGAUGAACUUUCUAGUCGCGAACAUCACCAGAAAGCCGCCGAUUAAGGUGACGCCGCGCAAGAAGUUCAAAUGUCCCGAGUGCACGAACACGGAGAUGCUGUCGGCCGACGCUCGCCACAUGUCGCAAAGGUCGAGCUGCAUCGAUCGCUUCGCCCGCAUCUACGGCAACAUGGCACUCAAGCCGGUUGAGUUCCGUGCAGACCCGCUCCAGUACCGGGAAAACUCCGGAAUCCCGCAGCUUUAUCCCGAUAUCGGCGCGCUUUGA